CAUCGACCACGAGCCAGAGGUUGCCGCCAGGAGAGUUGCAGUAGAAGUGCCAUUGGUCUUCAGCGACGCCUUGUGCGUGGGCGAGUGCAGCUGGCUGCGUGAACCACGAUUAGCAUUAAUUGCUAGUGCUGAGCGCGACGUCGAGUCGACCCUCGCUCGCCUUGACACACACACACACACACACAUACACAGAGCACGGCACAAAAUGGCUUCAACGCGAUUUGCGCGCUUCGUUCCCCAGCUGCGUUUGCUGCGCGCGAGCUAUUGCAAAGGCGGUGACAGCUCCAAGGGCAUGCGGGAAUAUAUUCAAAGCGUGCUGCCCUCUGUGGCAGAGGAGGCACCUUGGACUGUGUUUCGCGUCGAGCACAACGGGGGCCGCCACCCCUACCUGGAGGGUCACUUUUUGAAUGGUCGUACCCGCAAGUUCUGCGUCAAAAACAUGUCGACAGUGGAGAUCGAUGGGCUGAUGAGCCGACUUCAGGCUGAGGAAGGCUUCAAGGCCGUCAAGGACAGUCACUGGACCAAAACGCGCCGACCCAGCAUCCAGGGCACCUGGAAUGCGUUUUUGAACAGCAAGCAACAAUGAAAGCGCUCGAGGCAUAUAACAAGCCAACAAGCACGAGUUUGCGUAAACAUGCACACAAGACCAUCUACUUCUCUAUUUUUCAGCGACCUUCUCGACCAGAGGCAUUGCUGUCUCUCCUCCUUUAGAGCUCUUUGCACUUGGUCCAUCAACAGGAUCAAGCUCUUCGCGACUGCCUUUGAAUUUCCCCCAUUCCCACACCCACAAUCGACAGCAAAAGAUU